AUGUAUAUAAAAAUGAGCUGCAACUGUCCAUUGACUGCUUCAACUGGACCGACUCUCGCCUCGACGUGCGGCGGUCCAUCUUUUAUGCUGUUUAUGGGUCUCCUGGAAGUGUUCCUACGCAGCCAAUGCGACCUCGAAGAUCCUUGCAACAGACCUGUGCCACCCAACACCGUCAACUCCAGGUACGACUUCGUGGUAAUUGGAGGUGGCAGCGCUGGCGCUACAGUGGCUGCAAGAUUAUCGGAGGAACCGCGAUUCUCUGUGUUAUUGCUGGAAGCUGGCUUGGAUGAACCGACUGGAACCCAAAUACCAUCGUUUUUCUUCAAUUUCAUCGGGUCUAAUAUUGAUUGGCAAUAUACUACGGAGAGCGAGGACGGAGCAUGUCUAAAUAAGAAUGAUCGAAGAUGCUACUGGCCAAGAGGAAAAGUAUUAGGUGGCACCAGCGUCAUGAAUGGAAUGACAUACAUGAGAGGUUCGCGAAAGGAUUACGAUGACUGGGCCAGGCUUGGCAACGUGGGAUGGUCUUAUCAAGAUGUCCUUCCAUAUUUCAUCAGGAGCGAGGAUAAUCUUCAAGCUAACACUAUGGAUUAUGGUUAUCAUGGUGUUGGUGGACCUCUAACGGUUACACAGUUUCCGUAUCACCCACCUUUAAGUUACGAUCUUCUUAAGGCUGGAAAGGAACUUGGAUACGGAACCGUCGAUCUAAACGGACGAACUCAUACCGGAUUCGCCAUAGCUCAGACAACAUCUAGAAAUGGAUCCCGUCUUUCGACCGCUCGAGCGUUUCUUCGGCCAGCUAGAAAUCGACCGAAUUUCGACAUUAUGCUGAACUCGACGGCCACCAGAAUUCUUUUCGACAACAACAAAAGGGCGGUCGGCGUGGAAUUCGUACACGACGAUAAGGUUCAUCGGGUUUCUGUGGCUAAGGAAGUCGUCAUAAGUGGAGGUGCUGUAAAUUCGCCGCAAAUACUUCUGAACAGCGGCGUCGGGCCGCGGGAAGAUUUACACGCGGUUGGUGUACCGGUUGUUCUCGAUCUGCCCGGCGUCGGCAGAAAUCUUCACAAUCAUGUCGCCUACACGCUGACCUUCACCAUCAACGACACCGACACCACUCCCCUCAACUGGGCUACUGCGAUGGAGUACCUUCUCUUCAGGGAUGGCCUGAUGUCCGGCACAGGCAUAUCUGAAGUGACCGCCAUGGUGAACACAAAAUAUGCGAAUCCAAAGGAGGACCAUCCAGAUAUCCAACUGAUUUUUGGCGGUUAUUUGGCGGACUGCGCGGAAACCGGCAUGGUCGGCGAGUCAAAGGGUGCGAAUCGCACGAUCUACAUAAUUCCUACAUAUUUACAUCCGAAAAGUCGCGGUUAUAUUCGUCUGCGGGACAACGAUCCCUUAUCGAAGCCAAUGAUUUAUCCGAAAUACCUGAACCAUCCAGAAGACGUGGCCGGCCUCCUUGAGGGUAUUAAAUUCAGCAUCAAGUUGGCGGAGACCGAUGCUCUCAGCAGAUAUGGAUUCCAAUUGGACCGUACCCCGGUCAAGAAUUGCGAACACCUGAAGUUCGGCUGCGACGCUUAUUGGGAAUGUGCCAUGAAGCACGACACAGCGCCAGAAAAUCAUCAGGCUGGUUCGUGCAAAAUGGGACCGUCAGACGAUCCUUUGGCCGUUGUGGAUAAUCAGCUGAGGGUUAGGGGCGUAAGAGGCGUACGAGUGGCCGACACCAGCAUCAUGCCCAGGGUCGUGUCCGGCAACACGAACGCUCCUGCCAUCAUGAUCGGCGAACGGGCUGCUGAAUUCAUCAAGCGAACCUGGGUAGGCUGA